GGGCGCAGGGCCCAAGAAGAGCUGCCCCCUGGGAUUGCCAAUUUUCCAUCAUUGGCAGAAGGCCAGGGGCUGCUCAGGGAAAGAGCCACCUAUGGGAGCUGACCUCAGCCAUGCAGACGCGCCCAGGCCCACCUCCAGACCAGAGGCUCCCUCUGCAUUGAGACUAGACACGGCCAGAAUUUGCCCCAAAGGUCCAGCCGUGGGGAUUGACCUGGGCACCACAAAAUCCUGUGUGGCAGUCUGCCAGAGGGGGAGGGUGGAGAUCCUGGCCAAUGACCACAACAGCCGCACUACCCCCAGCUGUGUGGCUUUCACUGAGAGGGAGCGCCUGGUGGGGGAACCAGCAGAACUACAGGCCAGCCUCAACCCAGAAAACACCAUCUAUAACGUGAAGCGGCUGAUUGGCCGCAGGUACGACGACCCGUCAGUACAGUUGUGCCUGAAGAACUGGCCGUACCACGUGGUGGAGGCUGGCAACGGCAAGGCCAAAGUCCAGGUGUCCCACCGAGGAGUGGAGAAGGUUUUGUAUCCCGAAGAGAUCUCCGCCAUGGUGCUCUACAAGCUGAAGCAGGUAGCCGAGGCUUCCUUGGGCCGCCCGGUCACCCAGGCUGUCAUCACGGUCCCAGCGUACUUCAGUGAUGCCCAGCGCCAGGCCACCAUUGAUGCAGGGGCAAUUGCGGGGCUCCACGUCCUGAGUUUAGUCAGUGAGCCCACUGCAGCUGCGGUGGCUUAUGGGCUCAAGGAGACCCGCCAACGUAAGGGGAAGAGAAACAUCCUCAUCUUUGAUCUGGGUGGGGGCACCUUUGAUGUCUCCAUCCUCACUGCCCAGGAUGGUGUCUUUGAAGUGGUGGCUACAGCAGGGGAUUCCCACUUGGGGGGGGAGGAUUUUGACCAAAGGCUAGCCAACCAGCUCGCCCAAGAGUUCAAGGACAAGUUUCAGGAGGAUCCCGCUGAGAGCAGGAAGGCGAUGCAGAGACUGAAGGCAGCCUGUAAGAGGGCCAAACAGACCCUGAGUUCGAACACGACAGCCACCAUCUCCGUUGACUCGCUCUACAAGGGCAUUGACUUCCACACCACGGUCACCCGGGCCUGCUUCGAAGAUUUGUGUUGCGACCUCUUUCAGGCCACCAUGGUUCAGGUCCAGCAGGUGCUGGAGGAAGCAGGGCUCAAGAAGAGCCAGGUGCACGAGAUUGGGCUUGGGGGAGGCUCCACGCACAUCCCCAUGAUCCAGAGGCUCCUGUCCAAAUUCUUUGACGGACAGAGGUUGUGCAAAAGCAUCAGCCCCGAGGAGGUGGUGGCCCAUGGCGCAGCCAUCCAAGCUGCCGUUCUGACGGGCCACCGAUACCAAAACCUACAGAACCUUCUCCUCCUGGAGGUGACCCCUGUCUCCUUGGGGCUGGAGACGGUGGGAGGCGUGAUGGACGUAGUGGUCAAGCGCAACUCUCCCAUUCCCACAAGAGAGAGCAGGAACUUCUCCACCACGGAAGACCAGCAGAGCAGCCUCUUCCUGCAGAUCUAUGAAGGGGAGCGGAUGCUGACCAAGCACAACCGUCUGCUGGGCACCAUCACCCUGAGUGGCCUUCAACCAGCACCACGAGGUGUCCCAAUGAUUGUAGUCACCUUUCAGAUCGACCACAACAACAUCCUCACUGUCUCAGCCACGGAAAGAAACACGGGCAACAAGAAAGAGCUCGCCAUCGCCAACACCCGGGGCCGGCUGGAUCGAGAAGAGAUGGAGAGAAUCCUCCAGGAGGAGGAGGAACAUCGAGCGCAGGAGAAAUUGGAGGAGGAGAAGCUGGAAGCCCUCAAUGCCUUGGAGGCCAGCACCCUCCAGCUCAAGAGGGCGGCGGCGGAGAAAUCCCUGGACGACCGGGCCAAGCGGAGGCUGCUGGAAAUAUGCGAGGAGGCAGCCGCGUGGAUGGAGGACAACCGGCUUGCGCCCAAGAAGGCCUACGAGGAGCGGAAGAAGGAGCUGGAGGGCGUCUGCAGCGCCAUCCUCACUCACUUCAACACCCGAGAAGCCCAGCAGCAGGAAAAGCCAAAGGAAUCUUAGCUCCAGAGGAGCAUAUUAAAAAAAGAAAAACGGGA